UAUAGUUUACAACGCCUUCUGCCCUCUCAUCCCUCUCUUCCAUGCAUCAACACUUUGCAUCUCCUCUCUCCUCUAUAUAAAGCCCAUCACCCCCUCUCACCACCUACACAUCCAUCCAAAUUCUCACUCUCUCUCUCUCUCGUAAAGUCAUUAGUUGAUUACAUCACAGUCGACAGAGAUGGUGGUUCUAUCUCAGCCAAUUAAUCUUGAUAACAUCGCCCAGAUCAAGACAUGCAUGCCGGCGUCUAACAUUUUCACCGUCAUCCCAGUUGUAGACCUUGCAGACCCUAAUGCUAAACAUCUCAUAGUUGAGGCCUGCAAAGAGUUGGGGUUCUUCAAAGUGAUCAACCACGGCGUUUCCAUGGAGUUGUUGACCAAAUUAGAGGCGGAGGCCGUUAAGUUCUUCAAAUCACCCCAGCAGGAGAAGGAGAAAUCCGGGCCUCCUAACCCUUUUGGCUACGGUAACAAGAAGAUCGGCAUCAACGGUGAUGUGGGUUGGGUUGAGUAUCUUCUCUUCUGCACCAACCCUGAAGUCAUAUCACAGAAUGCAAACGCCGUCGUUCCAGGAAUUUCAGAAACUUUAAGGUGUCUUGUAAAGGAGUAUGUUUGUGCAGUGAGAAAUAUGGCGUGUGAAGUUCUUGAAAUGAUAGCUGAUGAAUUGGGAAUGGGGGAUAGGGAGGUGUUGAGCAGGCUGAUAAGAGAUGAGAAAAGUGACUCUUGUUUCAGGCUAAACCGCUAUCCACCUUGCCCAGAUCAGCUUCAAGCAUUGAGUGGUCGAAAUUUGAUUGGGUUCGGAGAACACACAGACCCACAAAUAAUAUCUGUUGUAAGAUCAAACAACACAUCAGGCCUGCAAAUCUGCCUCAGAGAUGGAACGUGGGUCUCAGUCCCACCUGAUCACACCUCCUUUUUCUUCAAUGUUGGUGAUUCCUUGCAGGUAAUGACUAAUGGGAGGUUCAGAAGCGUAAAGCACAGAGUGUUGGCUAAUAGUUUAAAAUCAAGAGUGUCAAUGAUCUACUUUGGAGGACCACCUUUGAGUGAAAAGAUAACACCUUUAUCUUCAGUAAUGGAAGAAGGUGAAGAAAGUGGGUACAAGGAAUUCACAUGGUCUGAAUACAAGAAGUCAGCUUACAAGACAAGGUUGGGUGAUUAUAGGUUGGGGCUUUUUGAGAAAUCUGCUGCCCAAUAGUCUGUCUUAAUAUUUCCUUCUUCCCUUUUUUAUAUUUUGUU